CUAAUAACCUGCAUUUCACGAGCUUCAUUCACCUACAUAUUAUAAUACCUGUCCUUAACACGAUGGCUGACGAUGGCACUCACCAUGUUUUCGAUGAGAACGUUUGGACCGGAGAGUAUUAUGAUAAUGUUCCUGUUGGAGAAUACGCUCAUACGGUGAUUGAGCUGGAAGAUGAAGUUAAUCGGGUCAUGAUCGAGGGCUGCAAGGUAGAUGCCUGUCUCGACUGGUUUAUCUAUUUUUUGAAAGAGAUAAAGCCAGACUACCGACAGGGUCGUAGCUAUCCAAUAAACUUGGAUGAAUUCGCGGGGUCUAGGUUGGAGGAAAUUAAAGCGGAGCUCCGAGAUAACUUGAACCGCUUGGUGCCCGGUUACCUGGAUGGUGUGGUGGACGUGUUGAACACGGGAAAAUUAUUGAAAAGGCUGCAGAAGAGGUGGGAUUCUAUCCCUAUCCCAACCAAUGGCGAGACAGCAAAGCAAGACAGUGUCCCCAACGAGCUACUCGAUGUCUUGAUGGACAAGCACUAUCGGCAACGCGCUGGAUACAGUGGCCCCGUUCCACCAGCUGGUUCGACUGGCACGCACUUCAUUGAGUCCUGUCGUCAAUUGAAAGACUUUAUUGAGAACCAACGGACGACUGCUUCCUAUGCUUGUGGUGGUAGUAUUUCUAUCGACGAGACAACUGCACCGCCAGAGAGUUACCCGCGAGCUUCGGGCCCAAUCAACAUUUUUUGGUCCCAGGAGAAUGGUAGCUCGGCGAAGAAGCUCGUUUUGCCACUUAACCAACACAAUAAUGAUGCCAGCUCAGAGGCAUUAUGUGACAUGGUUACGAGCUUUCGACCAGCCAGCUUUGGUCGUGGAGACCAGGAUGUCAUCGACCCGUCCUACCGAAAAGCUGGAAAGCUCGACCCCAAGAACUUCGCGACAAGCUUCCAUCCGGCGGACUUUGGGAUCAUCGCCGUCAUUGAAAAGGUGCUUCUUCCAAGUAUUGUCAGCGAGGUGAAGAACAAAUUAGAGGCACGCAAGCUUCAUGCGGAGCUCUACAAAAUGAACGUCUACUCUGGCCCCUCUGGGCUUUUCAGAAGCCAUGUCGAUACGCCUCGCUCGGACGCCCAAAUUGGAUCUUUGGUUGUUUGUCUCCCAGCAUGUUUCAAAGGCGGGAAUCUGCUCGUACGCCACCAGGGAAAAGAGGUCGAUUUUGACUGGGCACCAAGGAGUGCAACGGACAUCCAAUGGGCAGCUUUCUAUAGCGACUGUGAACAUGAGAUCAAGACCAUAACUGAAGGCGACCGGAUCACCUUGACAUAUAAUCUGUACGUCACGAAGUCCGUGGAAAGCGUGCUGCCAUCCGUAAUGGAUCCCCAGUCGCUGCCAUUGUACAAUUGGAUCAAGGAUCUUGUCUCGAAGCCCGGAUUUCUGGAUGACGGUGGCGUUCUUGGGAUGUUCUGUUCCCACGCCUAUCCGCAUACCUCCGACCUCGCCAAGUAUAAACUUAGAAGGGGUCUAAAAGGAUCGGACGUGGUAUUAUACUCUAUUUUCCAGUCGCUGGGAUUGCAUGUGCAAGUCCUACCUGUUUUGGAGACCUCUGGGCAGUACGUUCCUGAAAACCCUACAUUGGACCUAACAGGCCGCGUCAAAGGCAGGGACAACUGGCAUGGUUAUAUAGGCGAGUAUGGUGGCUCUCAUUUUAGUAACAAUUUCCAGCCAUAUUUGGCACGCGGUAAACGGCUGGCGGUGAACUAUUCUGAAUUGAUGCCUCCUGUUUCCCGCAAGGAACAGGUUGCCGAUGUAGACCAACGUUGGAAGCUGUUAAUGAUGACGCGACAGUUACUGGGCAUGGAUGAGGCGAUGUCUUUCGCAAAAGCUAACAAUCUUCCAUAUAAAGAGGAUAGCUGCUUGAUCGAAGAGGGGGCGCGUAUUGGAUCCUACCCAAGGCCUUAUCGUACAACGAGUUGGGGACAAGACAUGUCGAUGGAUGAGGUAAGUCUGGCCGACCACUUUAUGUUAAGAGACUCACGCAUUUCGCUGCAGGUGCUUCAGCACGGCUGGCAUGCGUAUCGCCUUCCUGGAAUUACAUGGCUAACGGAGCCAAAACACGAGGAGAUGGCGUUCAGUCAGGUAUGUUAUGGAAACGAAGCGUCCAUCGGGACGAGAUACUCGUGCGCUGCCAUUCUCGCUAUUAUACCCCCGUGGGAGAAAAGAGACACAAUUCGUCAAAGCCAAGGCUCAAACGGUCAAUGACCAGCUCAGGACAUCUUCUUUUCCCGUGGAGAGCGGCCUUAUUCUAAUGAUUUGAUAUGUAUCUUGGCGCUUCUUCCGCUCAGCCGUAGCCUUCGCUAUUGCCAUUUUCCUCUAUUUAAUAUUCUGAGAGAAUCCUAAGCCUCAUUGUGGAUGGCAGCAUC